CGCAUCUCCGUCUUUCCGCGUCCCUCGCGGCGGGCGUCGGGACUGAGCGGUGCAGUCCGCGCCGAGAGUUCUGAGCCAACGGUUCCUUAGCGGGCCCCGCCGCCGCCGCCCCCACUCCUCGUUGGAGAGAAGAUGGUGGGCCGGAACAGCGCCAUCGCCGCCGGCGUGUGCGGGGCCCUUUUCAUCGGGUACUGCAUUUACUUCGACCGCAAGAGACGGAGUGACCCCAACUUCAAAAACAGGCUGCGGGAACGAAGAAAGAAACAGAAGCUUGCCAAGGAGAGAGCUGGACUUUCCAAGUUACCUGACCUUAAAGAUGCUGAAGCCGUUCAGAAAUUCUUCCUUGAAGAAAUACAGCUUGGUGAAGAGUUACUAGCUCAAGGUGAAUAUGAGAAGGGUGUGGACCAUCUGACAAAUGCAAUUGCUGUGUGUGGACAGCCACAGCAGUUACUGCAAGUGUUGCAGCAAACUCUUCCACCACCAGUGUUCCAGAUGCUUCUGACUAAGCUCCCAACAAUUAGUCAGAGAAUUGUAAGUGCUCAGAGCUUGGCUGAAGAUGAUGUGGAAUGAGAAAUAAAUGUCAACUUAAUAAUAUCAAUUUAAAAAUAUUUUAAAAAUCUUAACUUGGAAGAUGAUCAGCUCUGGGGGAGUAAGGGCAAAUAAGCUUGCUAUGGACUGUCCUACACUGAAAUCUACCAAAGUUAAUUUUUACUUUGUGUAGAUCCAUUUGUCUGUUUUAUCUAUUUUUCUCAGUGAAAAGUGUAUUUUGAUAGGUUUUCAUUUUAUAUAAAUACACUAUCAGUUACCGAAAUAUGGAUUUUGUGUAUUCCUAAAAUGUGCAAUUAGAAUGUACAUAUAUAACAUCACAUUACUUACAUUAAAAAUACCCAGUGCUCAGUUUUGAAAGAUAGGCCAAAAAAAGUAUAGAAGAAAACUGAAGAAUGCACUUUUUUCUUUUAAGCUAGUACAGUUCGCUGUACAUCAGAUGAUUGGAUGGAAACUUGAUUGUGUAUUAAAACUGAGCAUUAAAAUCUUUAAGAGAUUCUUUCCAUUUAAUCUCUUAAAUAUAUCUAAUGUGCUGCUGUGCUAUAAUAACUUCACUCCCACCGUUGAUUAAAUCAGUGGGCCUAAUGUGUUCCGGAUAUUUAUCUCCUUGUAUUUUAGAUAUGUGUAGUUGCGAAUAGCACCAGGAAUUAGAUCUGUGUACACCCUUAAUCUAGCUGAGUAAGUUUCACCAGUUAAUGUCUGCCCGCAUUUAUAAAAUGAGGGAAUUGGUCUGCUGAUUCAGCUUCUAAUUCCUUUGGUUCUGUUCAGCAUUUUCAAAUCCCUUUUUCUGAGGGAUAUAUCUGUUUGGGCAACCAGCCCUUGAAUUUUUUAAUACUCUGAAU